AUGGCGGACUGUGUUGCAGCGCGGCUGUCGGCCGGCAACGUGCUGUGGCUGUUGGCGUUCUGCGGCUUCGCCCUCAACUACUCGGUGCGCGUCAACCUCAACAUCGCCAUCGUGGCCAUGGUGAGGAGGAGGGAGGCUGCGGCGGCAACGGCCGGCUACUGCGAGGGAGGCGACAGCACCAACGUCAGCGUCGCCGAAGGGCACAAUAUGACCGCAAAUGACACAGCUUAUGCGGACGCUACAGCCUUUGAUGAGGAUGGCCGCUACGACUGGGACGAGCACCAGCAGGCCCUGGUGCUGGGAGGCUUCUUCUGGCUGCACUGGUCCACUCAGGGAAUGGCGUGGCCAUCGAUGCACUGUAUGACGGCAAACUGGGUGCCGCCCAAUGACAGGAGCAAGUUCAUCUCCGCUUACCUCGGCAGCAGUGUGGGAGCUGCGCUGACGUUCCCGGUGUCGGGUGUGCUGAUUGGCUGGCUGGGCUGGCCCGCCAUCUUCUAUGCUACAUCACUGGCGGCCAUUGUCUGGUUCCUGGCCUGGUGGCUGCUCGUCUUCGACCAUCCUCAUCACCACCCGCGCAUCUCAAAUUCUGAGCUACAUUAUCUGCAAGUCAGACUGGUUGCUGAUGAUGCCAGCUACAAGGUCGGCCUGUUGUCUGGUAUACCUCACAUCGGCAGGACUGCGUUUGCUCUGCUUGUCUCCAGGGUUGGAGAUUUCUUGCUGAAGAAGGAAAUCAUCUCGAGGCCAUAUCUCAGAAAAGUGGCCACUAGCUCCUACCUGCUGGCGUCGGCAGCGCUGCUGGCGGGCCUGUCUUACUCUGGCUGAGCCACGGCCUUCCUGGUGGCCGCCGUCUCCGUCAACGGCGCCCUCGCCACGGGGCCGCUGGCCGCACUCGUAGAUAUCAGUCCCAGCUUCUGCAGCAUCCUGCUUGGUUUAACCAACGUCGUGUGCACCCUGCCUGGCUUCAUCUCUCCGGCAGUCGUCGGGGCGCUUACUUACCAAAACCAGACGCCGGCCCAGUGGCGCGCGGUCUUCCUCAUCUCGGCGGCGAUGGCGGCCGUGCCGGGAGCUGUGUACGCGCUGCUGGGGGACGCGGUGCGCCAGCCGUGGGACCAGCCGCCCGCGACACCAGCAGACGCGGCGACCAGCCGGGAAGUGGCCCCACUCCAGCCAGGAGGACACGGCGCGGGCCAGUAG